AUGGCCUACACUUGCACUCUAGCUGUCACUACACUGUGUAGUACGGAUCAUUUUAGAUGUGAAUGGAGCAAGGCCGACCCUGUCAAGGGCUUUUAUGGCCAGAGACACGAGUCUCUCAACGUCGUGCUUUAUCCUAAGAACACCUUUACCCAGACCGAAGGCAUCAACGGUGUUGCGUCAGCAGUGUGCUAUGACGAUGAACGGAAUGAUGGCAAGGAGCUCAACACUCCACAGAUCCUGGCACCAGAAAUUACCAGCUUCAUCAUCGAGGUUAUCAAGAAAUGCAAGAAAGGCGUUGAUGAUAAGUUCCCGGUCAUCAUGAACUUUAUUUUAUCUCGGGAAGACGGCUAUCUCGCGCGGUCUGAUUUCUUACAGCAACGCCUAAAAGGGGUGAAGCGUGUUUCCUGGGUAGUAGGAUUCUUGCGUCCACUACAGAAAGUCACAACCCCACGAGUCCAGUUAAAUGGAACGGCGCAUGAUCUGAACAUGCUCCUAUCGAUGUCCGUAGGUGCCAUCCUACUUGACACUAGCUCUAGCUCUAGUCUUCACGACACGCUGGAUAGUAUCGAAGAGGCAUUAUGCAACCGGAUCUCAUACCCAUGGGUAGUCCCCACACUGAUUCACCGGAAACGCCUUGCGUGGGUGGAAGGUCGCAAAGACGCGGAUGCCAGUCGACGCAUGUACGAGGCGGCAGCAGCCUUAGGGAUCACUCUAGUGAUCAUUGACAAGCCGGGUCACUGGCUGCAGGAUGACCACGGGCCGUACGCCCAUCUCCGAGAGGGAUUCAUUGCCACAAAUAUCGACGUGGAUGAGGGGUUCGUGGAUAGAAUUGUCAUGGCGGUCCGCAGCUACGACAAGCUCAUUGAUGGCAUAAUGACAGUGAGCGAUAGUCGCUUAAUCGGAGUGGCUCGAGCGUGUGAAAUCCUUGGAUAUCCUACAUCCCCAUCGUCGGCCUAUGUGCUGGCCGGAGAUAAGUAUCAAACUCGAAUGAUGGAGCCAGACACGCACGGGGCUUUCCGGGUCUUUGGGACGGAUGAACUGGAGAAAGUCCUUCGGUCUACCGAGGUGACGUAUCCUCUCAUCGUCAAGCCUUGCCUGGGAUGGGGAAGUCAGGCUGUCACCAAAGUGUCCACGGAAGUUGAGUUAUUUGAGGCGGUCGAGAAAGCUUGCGAGUGUCACGCAUUAGCUCCGCAGCAGCGGAGUGAUGCCGUUAUUGAGCCAUAUAUCGAUGGUCCAGAAGUCGAUGCCAACUUCGUUUUGCUAAAUGGCGAAGUGAUCUUCUGCGAGAUCAGUGAUGACUUCCCGAGCCCAGGCGAUAGGGACGCUGCACAAAGCCAUAACUUUGUUGAGACUAUGGUUCAUAUGCCCUCUGCCCUUCCACCGCAUGAGUUUGAGGCUGUCCGCGAUACAUUGCAUCAGAGUAUCCUUCGUCAGGGAUUCUCAACUGGUACAUUUCAUUGCGAAGCGCGGUUGCAGUAUUCGAGUCAUGAAUUUCGACAAGAUAACAACGGGUUUGAGGACUUAUACCCUCGGAGAGAUGCUACCAAUGAUGGAAAGAGUGUGCAAGUGUACCUCCUUGAAAUAAAUGCUCGCCCAGCUGGAUAUCUAGAGACUGUUGGAGUCAACUUAGUCUAUGGGGUGGAUUAUUUCGCCCAGCAAAUGCUCUUUUCCGUCAAUGAUGAGUUUCGAUACAGGGCUUUAUGCCACCCAUUUUCUGAUGGGCCUCGCUCCAGCCUCUCGAUACUCGUACUCCAAGAAGACGUUGCUGGGAUCAUGAAAACCGAAGAUGCUACAGCGGAGCUCCUGCGCCAGUACCCCGAACUGGAGCCACAUGUGCCGCUGUACGCGACAAUCAAGAAGAAGGGAGAUAGACUAGUUGGUCCAAAGUCAAGUGAGGUUCACUUCAUUGCGUGGAUGUUGGUCACAGCUCAGAAGAGGCGCGAGUGUCUGCGGUUGGUGGAGCAAAUACGAAGGAGUUUUCGCUAUGAAGUUGAAUAG